CUUCCAGAUUACCCGCCAGCCUCGCGUGCCCUGCUUCAAGGCGACGUUCAAACCGCCGCUAAGUUGGCGGCCGCCUUCCUCAUCGAGAGUAAUUUCGACAGGCUAGAAACCCUCCUGAACGAGGCCAGCGACUACAUAUUAGAUUUCGAAAAAUCAGUGCGUUCUCAUGGAAAGUAUAUAUCUUAG